AUGCCUCGCACGACGCCGGUGCCUAUCGCCGCCGCUCGUCCACGCAAACAAAAGCUCUCUCCAGGAAAAGAGAACCUUAUUGCCGGCAAACCUACCUCGACCAACGGACCUGUUUCUAACAUACGCUCACGGAGAGAACGCCCUUGUGACGCGUGCAGGAGGAGAAAGAGCCGCUGCGUGAUACAGGAGGGUGCUGCGCUGUGUGUUCUGUGCGAUUUCCACAAGCAAGAGUGCACCUUUGUGCAAAGCCCACUGCCCAGAAAGAGGAAGGUCGUCGACGGUGACAAGAAGGACUCUCCAAACGUAUCAAAGAAGAGGUCUGUCGAUGCAGAGCCACCCCCACUAGCUCUGGCGACACCAACUAUCACUGCAACAGCGCCAAGUCCCCCACCGCCUCAGCCAUUACUAGCGGCAAACAUCCACCUGCCUCAAUUGGGUGAGACGUUGGGCCUGCAGCGACGCCAGCACAGCAGGUACAUCGGCUUAAGCUCACCGUUUGACCCUACACUUAUUGGUCUGUCGCACUUCGAUAUUCGCAACGAGUCUACUUUCGAUCUUGGAACCCUACGACGAGUAAAUGAUCAUGAAUGCUUCAUUAUGCUUCCUGACGAAAACACACAAGACCAUGCUGAAGAGGCCAAUUACCUGAGCCAUGUCGAACAACUCGUCCACCCUCAUGGCCCUGCCCUUCUUGACAUUUACUUCCAGGUGGUCCACCCAAGCUACCCCAUACUCCAGAAGCACCUCUUUAUUGAACGAUAUCGCAGCGGCGAUAGAAGUUUCUCACCAGCAUUGUUGGCUGGAAUGUAUAUCUUGGCCCUCAACUGGUGGUCGUUUGAUCCAAAGCUUGCGAACUACUCGAAGCCAGAUGCCGCUCGAUUGGAGGCCAUUGCGAUGAGGUCGCUCACAUUGGCUUUGGAGAGGCCGAAGUUGUCCACAGUCCAGGCAGGCCUACUGCUAUUGCAACGUCCAGAGUCCGAUUCGUGGAGUCUGACAACGCAGUUGGUAGCGAUUGGGCAGGAGUUAGGUCUCCAUCUUGACUGCUCAUCGUGGUCCAUUCCUCAUUGGGAGCGCGGAUUGAGGAAGCGCAUUGCAUGGGCACUGUAUAUGCAGGACAAGUGGAGUUCGCUUAUCCACGGCCGACCUUCGCACAUCUUCAACGCAAAUUGGGCAGUAAAGCCAAUUUCAGAAGACGACUUCAACGAAGAAGGAGAUGGGUACGAAAAGCGAGAAGAAGAUGCUGGGGAAGAAGCAGAAGAGAACCAAAGGAGCCGGAUACUGUUCGCGCAGAUGAUCAGUCUUACCCAGAUCAUGGCCGAGGUCAUGGACACUUUCUACACACAAACAGCAAUCCAGGACUUCGCGAACGCAGGACGAAAGUCGACGGAGUUGAUUCUGGCAAGAGCGAAGCCGGUGCAGAUCAAGUUGCGCCAGUGGCACGAGAGGCUGCCUGCAGAGGUCAAGAUGCAUGCGCCGAGCAAAAGUCAGCUCAUCUCGACGGGAUACCUUCAUCUGGCUUACUUUGCGACGGAGAUCACCCUUCACCGUCGCAUUGUGCAGUCUCUCGACACAAAGGAGCCUGACAACUACGGUCUCUUUAUGUGCCGUAAUGCAGCGAAGACUCGCCUCAUCUCCGCCAUGGACUUCGUCAAUCGUCUGAAGCCUGAGCAUCUUCGAGCCUUCUGGUUCUUUGCCUCGAAGGUGAACUUCACCUUGAUCGGCACAUUCGGCUCCCUCCUAUGGGCCACAGCACCAGCGCGCGAAGAAGCCGAGUUCUACAAGCUCCGACUUCGCGAGUACCGCUGGACACUCUCCGUAUCUUCCAAGCGCGCAGACUUCCUCGAUUAUGCGGUCUCGAUGCUCGACGCAAGCCGCGCUAUGCUCAACAACCUCGCCGAGAAGCCUAGCCUGGCUGAGCAGAUCAGUAAGGCUGGUGUUCCACCCCCGGCACCACCGAUGAUGUAUCCGGCUAUGAGGGCCCCGCAGUUCGACGAGGGCGAGGAUGUUCACAUGAACGAUGACGGCGCGAGUUUCGAAGGGUUCGAUGAUGAGUCGCCAUAUGGGAGUCGACCGGGCAGCGGCGCACAAUCGCCACGGUCGCAAUAG